AUGAAUAAACAAUUGAAUGAAGUAGAAUCACUCUGUCUAACUGGGAUAAAGAAGGGGGAUCCGGAAAUGGUAGAGAUGUAUUUUGGGCCCUAUCUUUCCUGUAGCCCUUCUACAGACAACAGCGCUCUUAUAAAGGCAUAUAUGCUCCUUUAUUAUCUGUCUACAGGCUCCAAAAAGACUUUUUAUACUACUAUUGAAACCGUGACGUCUUUAGAACUCUCGGAUCCUUGCAUCAGACUGGCCAUGGAGGUGGAUAUGUGUGUAAGUAUCGGAGCAGUCGAGCGCCUGAGGAGACUCAUCGAAGGAAAUGGCAGGAAAGAAUUUGAUCAAUUUCUAAAAGGCGUGCUUGAAAAUCAAAUGAAGAUAAUGGAGUCGUCUAUAAAUUACGAUGACCCCAGAUUGGAAAUCCAGAGUCAAGAGGAUAAGAAAGUCAUUGAAGAUGUAACAUUCAUUGGAAGGAAUUUGCCUGCUAACUUUUAG